AUGCCACCAAUCCCCAUCCACAAAAAUGCCCCAAUCGCGCCCACGACCGCCGCGAAAGCCGACGGAAUCACCCCUUCAACCGCCUCAUUAGACCCGAAUAACCCCCCACCCACACGCACAACGCCCGCCUACGCCCCGGCUACAACAACACAAGAUGUGUCAAGCCCUCCAGCUCCCCAGCCCGGAGCCCGUCCCGCUGCACCAACAGGCACAGGUGUAGGAGCGAACUACAACAGCACACCAGCACAACCCCAACCUGGUGCCUUGCCAACAGCAACGGUGGUAACAACAGAAACAAGACAAGCAGCACAACCACCUCCACCUCAGUUCAGUCACCCCCCGCCGUCUGACUCCAUGUUAGCAGGCCGCUCAACGACAACAUCUACAACACCUUCCGCGUCAGCCAGCAAACCUGGUCCUACAACCCUCAAUUACGGCCCAGCUGCCUCGCCGUUCCAAACAGUUGAUUCUGGGGGUGCAGCACAACAAGCGCAGCCUACGAGGACGAGCUUGGAACACCCUCCGGGCUAUGUCCAGGCGCCGGAUAACGCACCGUAUAUUGCUGGGGGAGGUAUUGGGGGGCCAAGUGGAGCGGGAAGAGAUACAGAAGGUGAGGGUGUUGGGACUCAGGCGUGGAAUAUGCUGAACAAGGCGGGCGAGGCACUGAAGAAGGGCGAGGAGAGUGUGUGGAGAGCGGUCAAGGGUAAGAACGGUGGGGGGUUCUGA